AGCGACCACACAUUGGUGCCAUUCUCUCAAAAACCGGGAUCGCGGGACCAUUGUAUUGUGGCUCGAUCACAAUAUUUGUAGUACCAGGGCCGCUCGCAUGGACCGUUCCCACCCUCUUCCAUCCGAUCUUCUUCCAUCUCAUCUCGUCAUUUAACCUUCCAUUGUGCUGGUCACUCGUUUCUUACAGUUGCCUGAACCUAACAAGGUCCUUUCUUCAUAGCAAUCCAGACUAUUUCUUCAUCCAUUCCGCUGCCACGAGUCGGUCCGCAGUCCUAGCAACAACCACUUCAAGAUGCGCUCCUCGAUUACUGCCGCAACGGCGCUUCUCGCCGCCAUGGUCUCUGCCCAUGGCAACGUCGUCUCACCUCCCCCUCGUGGGCCUGGUGCGGCGAUGGCUGCAGCCUGCGGAGAGGCAAAUGUCCAGACCGUCACGGCAGACCCUACCAUCCCGCUUGAGGACCUCGUCGACCCUCCUGCAACUUGCCAAUUGGACCUCUGCCGCGGUGCAAAGUUUGAGGACAACAAGGCCAACGUCCAGACCUUUACCCCAGGCCAGGUCGUCAACAUGAAGGCCGAGAUCCCCAUUCCCCACGAGGGCCCCAUGAACGUCUCCAUCGUCGACACCGCCACGAACAAGGUCAUUGGCGAGCCGCUCAUCGUCUUCGACAGUUAUGCAGACGAAAACCUCGCGCAACUGCCUGCAAACAACACUGACUUCAACAUUACCAUGCCAUCCAACCUCCCGGCUGGUAAAUGCGUCAAGGGCGGCGCGUGUGUGGUACAAUGGUUCUGGUUCGGCACCAACGCGAAGCAAACGUAUGAGAGCUGUGUGGACUUUGUGAUGGCUUAGGUGGUUUAUAUAAUGGCUAUCUGCGUUGAGAGGCGCGGGAGGCUUUUUGAGGGCGUUUCAGCACGUAGAUCAGGGUUACGUCUGUAUGUAAUUUACAUAGCCGUGAGCAAAUUGUUUGCUUUAGCUGGGGCUACAUAACUUGAGUAAUACUCACUUUCCUUG